AGAAAAAGAAAUUGGAAGGAAAAAAGAAAAAAAAAUGGUACGUGCGGCGAUCGCGGUUCUCGCCGCCCUGAUCUCCGUCAGCGUGUCCGCCUACGAGCAUACCGCCGCGGAUCAGUGCGACUGGUCCGGAAGUGGUGGAGGAGAGGGUGGCGGUGUUCGACCAGUGUAUCUGCGCUGCACCCGGGGAACGGUGCUAUGGCGUUAUCCUCGCGAUGCUUUGCGAGUGGUCCUCUCCUUCCCAGAUUCGUUCCCGCAGCACAAUCUCGGCUACCUGGGCUUCCGUGCUUGCGUCAAGAUUUCUGGACCUGUGAGGGUCUUCCUAGAAGCGAGCGGCAAGCUGAGGCAACUCUACUCCCCAUCCGAUGGCAAACACGAGCACUCGCACCGAUGUUUCCGCUCGCAGAAGCGGACCACCGCGCUCUAUAUGGAAGCGGAGGACGACUAUUCCUUCAGAAAUGCUAAGGUUAAGCUGCAGUAUGACCUGGAACCGAACUCGGUAAAGGGGGGUACUCUGCGUGUGCCAGACGAGGAGGAGGAAUGCCGGCCCUGUUCCAUGGAGGAGCUCGCGAAGGCCUAUUGUCAGAGCGACCUAGUUGCUAAGGGCACUGUCACUGCCGUCGAGCAGAAUCCCGAGAUGGAUACUGCCGAACUGAUACUUAGGGUCACGAAGAUUCUGCGCUACGUAGCCCAGGAGGCCGAGGGUAAUGAAAUUGACAUAACGACGUCUUCCAAGAAGAGUGUACGCGUGCGAGUACCAAUGGUGUGCGACGCGCGCCAUGGUCUCGGCGAAUUUGUGAUAAUGGCCAAACGACGUCUUGGAGAUCUCACCCUGGUGUGCGCGCCCAGACUGGAGACGUGGAUGCAGAUUGUACGUGAAAUGGAUAACGCGCCCUGCGUCCUCCACAGUUAGCUAAUAACAAUGUAAUGAGGUGAUCUUUGAAAAGUGAAGAAAUGUAUACACGAUGCGCAAUAGAUACGAGUACAGUUUCGUGGUGCAAAAUUGGGAAUCAACGCAAUUGUGCUGAUAGAGUAAUACUGUCAUAAAAAACUGCCAAUCCAGCCGUUUGUAUGAGGAUACCUUGUAUAUAGGUAAUUUUUCACAUACAUACCACGUACUGUCAGAUUGUCGAUCUCCGAACUGUGAUAUUAUUUGUUGUAUUAAGAAGAACGUGGAGGGUGCGCGCGAAGAGAUAAAAAGCACAUUUGCCUUAAUACUUGUUCUAUAGAAGAAAAACGUUAUAAGUUUUGCGCAGUGGCGAUAUCGUAACCAAUAAGAUUCUACUGAGUAAAAAUAUAAAAUAUCCCAGACAUCGCUCACUUUGAAAAAAUUUAUUUUGGUAAUUCUCAUUUCCUCUUUUUUUUUUUCAAAACUUAAAAUCCUUCAAUCAUCGCUCGUACCGUAAUUUUACAUUAUCCUGUUUUUCGUUUUGUCAAGAUUUAAUUUUAAAAGUUUUCCUAUCUUUAAUCUCUUUAUUGUUUUUCUUUCGUGCGUUAAAUUUUCAAUACUUUCAAUUUUUUCUGUAAUAUAAAUUCUUCGUUUUAAAAUCUAUUGCCAAGAGAAAGUGAGCAAUGAUUAGGAUACUAUGUGAGUUUUAUUGAGCGGGUACAUCGACUUACUGCAGAGUUAAGCAAUAUUUUGUUUAUAUUGAUUAUAAUUAUAACAAUUCUGUAUAGAUUUAAUAAAUAAAAGUAUUUUAUUUCAAUAUCAAA